AUGCAGGCGGUUCAGCUGGCAGCCGCCGUGCUCGCACCUUACGUCGUCUUCGUUCUCGUCUACCUGUGCUGCCUGCGCCGCCCGGACCCGCCGCGCGGGCGCGCCCGCUCCGAUGUCGAGUCUCCGUAUUGGGGCGGAGUAGAAUACAAUCCCCAAUCCCACGUCGGAAAAUCCGGGUGUCGUAAGAGGCGACUAAAUCCGACCGGUGGGAGGGUCGAGGAACCCGUCUGGCUGGCGACCACCCUCCCGACGCGAAGUCCGUCGCUCGGGAGUGCCAGUGGCGCCGUUCCCCGGCAAUGCGGCUCAGCGGCUGUUGCGUACUUCGAAGUGACGCUCGAGCUUCUCGGCCGUCAGAUCGGAGCGACAGUCGUCAGAGGCUCAUCGCACUGUCGCACGGGGGCGCCGGGUGCGCGUUCGACGCGGGUAGCUCAGAUUUCCACGUUCCUCGGUCGGUUUCAAAGUUGCGUGCCUAUUUUCGUUCCGUUAACCGAAGAGACACACCUGGGACGCGGCAAAAGUUCUAAGAUCGGUUAG